UCCCGAGCAGAAAGCGGGGCAGGAUCGCGGGCGCUGCACGAACCGAGGGGCGGAUAAUCGCGCGGCUGUGUUUUUCAAUGCGAAACGGAGGAAACACUGAAUCCACCAGCACCGAGGCACCUUUUUUUUAGCUCGCUGUUUUUUCCCCUUGUUCUCCAGCGACCUCGGUGCGCUCUCUCGGGUUUGGUCCGAGAAACAAAAGCGAAAAAAGCAGUGAAGGUGUUUGUGUGGUUGUAGAUCAGGACUCGAAGGAGGGGAGGCGGCGCGGCAUGAACGCCCGCUCACCGGCCCUGCUGUGGGUGAGAGAGCAGGCAGCGCUCCGUGUAACCGCGACACGCACCGAGCAACAAAGACGCGGUUACUUUCUGUCCGUUAACUCGUCCUCAGAUUGAACCCGCGCUCAAAGAGAAAGAACAAGGGAUAAGGCUACGGUUUGAUCUCUGGAGCUCUGGUGUGUGUGUGUGUGUGAGAACAUAAAAAAGCCACGAUGAUGCCCUCGAUCGCCGUCCGGAUCCUUCUUCUCGGCUUGUGCGUGCGCAGCGCCGCGGCUCAGCCAGCGUCCACUCCGGCCGUGUGCGCACCAGCGUGCCGCUGUGACGGAGACGGAGGCGCUGACUGCUCCGGGAGAGGACUGAGCUCCGUGCCGAGCGGCCUCAGCGCCUUCACCUACUACCUUGACCUCAGCAUGAACAACAUCACAGAGCUGCCUGCGAAUGUGUUCAAGAACCUGCCGUACCUGGAGGAACUGAGAUUGGCAGGUAACGAUCUUACUUUCAUCCACCCUGAAGCUCUGUCUGGUCUCCACCAGCUUAAAGUACUCAUGCUUCAAAAUAACCAGCUGAAGACGGUUCCCAGUGCUGCUCUCAAAAACCUCCACGCUCUGCAAUCUCUGCGCUUGGAUGCCAACCACAUCACAGUGGUGCCGGAGGACAGUUUCCAGGGCUUGCAGCAGCUCAGACACUUGUGGCUGGAUGAUAACAGUCUGACUGAGGUUCCAGUCAUGCCUUUGCAGCAUCAGGGGAACCUGCAGGCGCUCACGCUGGCCCUCAACCGCAUCGGCCACAUCCCCGACAGCGCCUUCGCUAACCUCUCCAGCCUGGUGGUGCUGCAUCUACACAAUAACAGGAUUGAGGAGAUUGGUAAGAACUGUUUCAGUGGCCUGGACAACUUAGAAACACUAGAUCUGAACUACAACAACCUGAAAAUCUUCCCCGAAGCCAUCCAGACUCUCCCCAAGCUGAAAGAGCUUGGCUUUCACAGUAAUAAUAUUGCCGUCAUACCUGAAGGAGCUUUUCAUAAGAAUCCACUGCUACGCACCAUUCAUCUCUAUGACAACCCUCUCUCCUUCGUGGGAAGGUCGGCUUUCCAGAACCUAUCAGACCUGCACUCUCUGAUGCUGCGUGGUGCCAGUAUCAUGCAGGACUUCCCCAGUCUGUCUGGAACAGGGAAUCUCGAGAGCCUCACCCUAACAGGCACAAAGAUCAGAGCCGUACCCUCAGAUCUGUGUGAGGAUCUCUCAAUUCUCCGGACUUUAGAUCUUUCCUACAAUGAGAUUGAAGAGCUGCCUUCCUUGCAGGGUUGUGUGAGUCUUCAGGACAUAACGCUGCAGCAGAACCACAUUCAGCAGCUGGAGCGUGACACUUUCCUUGGCCUAACCAACCUCAGAAUCCUAGACCUGAGCAGGAACGAGCUGAAGUUCAUCCACCCAGAUGCCUUCCACUCUCUCAGCGCUCUGACCAGCCUGGAUCUGAGCAUGAAUCUUUUAGCCAGUGUUCCUACAGCCGGACUAAACGCCCUGAACCAGAUCAAGCUGACAGGCAACAUGAACAUGAGGAGCAGCCUGAGCGCCGUCGGCCUCCCCAAGCUCAGGUCUAUAUCAGUGCCAUAUGCAUAUCAGUGCUGUGCUUUCAUUGCCUGUGAUGGCACACGGAGUUCCUUGGAAAGAGAGGACAGGAGGAAAGGCAUAGGUGUGGUUGAGGAGAUGGAGAGGCCUGCCCUGCUCAUGCAUUGUUCUCCUUCUCCAGGUGCAUUUAAGCCGUGCGCCCACCUGCUUGGCAGCUGGAUGAUUCGCCUGACUAUAUGGUUCAUCUGCCUGGUGGCUCUCCUGUUUAACUGCCUCGUCCUAGUUGCAACCCUUUCUCCACAGAGCUGUCCGCUUUCACCCACGCGCCUGCUCGUGAGCAUCCUAGCAUCAUCCAACCUGCUCACAGGUUUCUACGUGACUGCACUGGUAGUCCUGGAUGUUGCCACCUGGGGCUCGUUUGCAUCCUAUGGCGUGUGGUGGGAGACGAGUGUUGGGUGCCAGGCGCUCAGCAUGCUGGCCAUGUUCUCAUCCGAGUGGGCUGUCCUGGUGUUGCCUCUGGCCGCUGUGGAGCGCAGCCUGGCUGUCCAGGCACUGAUGGGUAAAGCGGGAGCACUAAGGAGCUGCGACCGGAGGGGUCAGAGAAGGAAGUUUGGACUGGCUGCAGUGCUUCUGGGUGUACUGGCAGCUGGGGUAGCAUUUUUAAGCCUGUAUCAAGGAGCAGUAGAGGGUUCUCCACUGUGCCUGCCCUUCUCUGGAGGUUUGGCACCUGGGCUGGGUGUGACAGUGGCACUGGUGUUGCUGAACACACUUGCAUACCUGUUGAGCGCCGUGAUAUACACAAGGCUCUACUGUGGUCUUGGCCGGGCACAGCUUGCCGAUCCAGAACAAGCAGGUUCUGUGAGGCACGUCGCGUGGCUUAUUUUUACCAAUUGCAUCUUCUUCUGCCCUGUUGCAGCCUUCUCCUUUGCCCCACUGCUGACCGGGAUGGGAAGUGCAGCCGGAAGCCCGGACAUGGCAAAAUCAGUUACGUUGAUCUUCUUUCCUCUGUCUGCUUGCCUGAACCCAGUGCUGUAUGUGUGCUUCAGCCCUGCCUUCCGGCACGACUGGCUCCGGCUAAGGGGGCGGCUCAGACUCGGGAGAGUUGGGAAAGCCAUUGGUACCGGUCCAGUGGGCAUCACCAGAUCAGCUGAAGGUGAAGUCUCGAGUGAACUGGGCUACGAAUGUGGCAUGUGCGAACGCUGCGAGGCAGCUCUUCUAGCAAGAGCAUCUUCAUCGUCUGCCUCGUCGUCUUCCUCUUCCUCCUGCACAUGCAGACAUUUAGUGAAGUGGCACAGUUGCCCGGCGCUUACAGCGGGUGAGGUUCCAUGCUUGCGUUCCGAGGGUGACUGGGCCGACUGCGGUACUCUGUCAGCGCACUCGGAAUACGCAGACGAGGGAGAUUCGUUUGUAUCGGACAGCUCGGAGCAGGCGCAAGCAUGCGGCCGCGCCUGUUUCUGCCAGAGUCGUGGCUUACCUUUAGUGCAUUACUCUUACAAUGUGCCCAGCAUUAAAGACUGAGAAUGAGUCACUGCAAACACACACACACACACACACACACACACUUUUCACAUUUUCACUUAUUCACUACAGAGUGUCUGCCUCACAUGGCACACACAAGCACCGUAUAUUAGGCGAUUUGAGAUAUGCCUGGGAGCCUGAGACAUUCAACUGGCCAGGAAGCACUUUUAAACUCAUCAGUGUGUGUGUGUGUGUGUGUGUGUGCGUGUGCACACACAUGUGAAGCGAUGUUGACGCCUCGUCAGUAACUAAAAAGGGGAACUGACAAUACGAAAAAGACUCACUGAGCCAAAUGUCAGCAGGACUUGAAUUGUUUUCUGUUUUUUUUUUCUUCAUGUCUGCAUGGCUGCAACGAGCUGACUGACUUCCAUAAUCCUUAAAGAACACAAAGCCGAGCGCUACCGCCCACCCCUCACUCUUCGACAGAACUUCGGUUUGCAAAGAUUUUUGUUAAGCAGGGAUAAAUGUCUCUAAGCUGAGAAGCUUUUUUUUUUUUUUGUCAUGAUUUUGUUCUUCACUGUUGGCAUUCCUUGUUUUAUUGACCUCAGCAUGUGACGAAAGUGUGGGAUCUUUACCCAUGUAGCUGCAUACAUGUGCAUGUUAGUCAUGGAGAAUGUAACAUAACACAGAAACUUUUGAAGAGUGUGUCUAUUUUUACUGCCUCUUUUCUUGGAAAUUCUGCUAAUAUUUAGCACCGGCCAGCAGCCAUUCCCUCGCACUGUUCAGUCCAUCAUGUGCUUCGACGGAGCCUUCGGGGGGAAACGGCAGUCCGAAGGCACAAAAUAACGGACGUCAAUUCUAAUUACGUUUGUGGCGCUCUCAGCUGUAGCAGUCAUCGUUAGCAACGUAGACAUUAGCAACGGCUUUAUCGUACACUUAGUUCCCUAAUUUAUAAACAUGAAAUAUAUGUAAAAUUGUUUCAGUUAUAUUAAUGUAAAUAAUUCAGAGCUUAUGGUACUGUAUAUGACACAUGUUCGGACUUUCAUAUUACAAGUUCUUGUUGCUGCAUUCUGUCAUCACACGGAUAAAAAAAGCUCAGGCCCCAUUUUUCGGAAAGGUUAUACAGCUUUGUAUAUGAUGGUUAAUUCUACGUAUGUCUGGUGAAUAUGGAAUAGAUUUCAAAUCUAAAUAUAUACUGUACGUGUGGAAUAAAACACUAAAGCAGGCGCUGUUAUCGGAAAAUAAUGACAUUGAUUAUUUUUCAAUAACCCACGCCUAGUUGUGUUUUAUUCCUCAGAUCCAACAGCAACAUAUCAGUUAAAAUCGUUUAUUCGUGUCAAAAUUUGAAUGAUUUUUACUUUCUUUGACUAUUGUGGCACAUCCAUGUCAUGAGACACUUUAUUUUGUUAUCACUCACGUUACAGCAGCUAGAAACAAUCACCAGCAUCUCUGUUUUUCUUUCUGUUGAAGUUACUGAUACUAGAAAACACAGCUUAGGUUGCAAAACACUUAAAAAUACUAAAGAAUCCUUCCAUAAAUGUUAAACAUACAUCUGGGUACAGAGGCUACGCUAUAACCGUGAUCUACAUGUUUGUCAUUGUGAACAUGGCUUCCAUUAUGAACAGGUUUUCAUUAAAAAAUAUACAGUCAACAUUUUACAAAAGCUCCUCCUUUUUUAACUUUUUUAUAUUGCAUUUCGUCCCAGUAAUGUUUCUCACACUAGGGUCAUCAUGGACUCAAUACUCAAGAGCAUGAGCGGUUUUAUCGAUCGAUAAACGACGUUACGUUUCCUUGUCUCGUGUUCUAUUUAAGAUUAAUAUACUGCCAUAAUAACUAUAAUUUUAUACACAACAUAUUUACCUUCUUCACCACCACCAUGUCCAGAAUGCAAACAUGUAUAUCAUCUAUACUGGUGUUUUUACCCUCAUCUCAGUGAACAGAAACCUUUCCAUGUCACUUUUCACUUCUUGCAGAUAGAAUACUUUCAUCCAGGUUUUAUUUAGUUUAAUUUAUAUUGCUGUGUUAGACAAAUAAGCUUCCACCAGCUGAUGUUUAAGCUUAAUCUCUUAAAUGCAAUAGUAAUUAAUGUCACUAACAAAUUCCAGAUGGUUGAGUGUGUCGUUUCUGUCAUGAUUCUAUCUUUUUACGUUCGUCUGUGUUCGAGUGUUGUAAAUUAUUUGUGUAAUCGAGAAUGGGAUGCAUCGUCUAACCAUGGAAGCUACCUCUUUAACUGUAGCGGCUGCCGGUCAUGUGCAGAGUGGAUGAGAGAGUGGUGGCUCAUGUGUUUUAUGUUCUUUAUGUUUUAUGUCGACUGUAUGAUUAAUCGCGCUGUAAAUACGUCUAGUUUGUAUUGUCACUGAAUGAAAGUCAGAUUUUAGUUUAUACCAAUUGUGGGAGGAAAUUGUGUACGGUAUAUAUAUAGUAAAUUUUGUAAAGCAAACCAUAUAAAGUACAUUGCUUAAA